AUGGAUAGAAUCAGUCCCAAGUCCGGAUUCCUCCCCGGUAUCUUUGGACUUCGAAAAGGAAAAUCAAGGACUGGAGCGACACCUGCUGGUGAAGACGAGAAAAUGCAGGGCCCAAAACCCAGCUCCUUUUUCAUGAGAAUUCCAAACAAGCCCCGAAACCAUUUCAUUGCCAUGGCUGGCGAAUUCGUUGGCACAUUCCUCUUCCUCUUCUUCGCCUUCGCCGGCACCCAGGUGGCCAACACUCCCCAGACUGUUACUGGCAACACGAGUACAGACCUUCCUCAAGGUCCGAAUCCUACACAGCUCCUAUACAUAUCCCUGUGCUUCGGGUUUUCCCUUGCGGUCAACGCGUGGAUUUUCUUCAGAAUUUCCGGUGGCCUCUUCAAUCCUGCCGUCACUCUCGGUCUCUGCCUUAUUGGCGCCGUACCUUUUGUUCGAGGUGCCCUGGUCUUCAUCGCACAAAUGCUAGGGGCUAUGGCGUCCGCUGGGGUUGUCAAAGCACUUUUCCCCGGGCCGCUCGCUGUCACAACUUCUCUUAGUGGGGGAACAAAUAAGGCCCAAGGACUCUUCAUUGAGAUGUUUCUCACUGCCCAACUGGUCUUCACCAUCUUCAUGUUGGCUGCUGAAAAACACAAAGGGACAUUCCUCGCCCCAGUGGGAAUUGGCUUGUCUCUUUUCAUCGCUGAGUUGGCUGGCGUGUACUACACCGGCGGAUCUUUGAACCCGGCUCGAAGCUUUGGCCCCUGCGUUGCUAACCGCUCGUUCCCAAGUGAACAUUGGAUUUACUGGGUAGGCCCUCUGCUCGGUUCGCUCGUUGCAUCUGGGUUCUUCUGGUUCAUCAAGAGCUGCGAAUACCAAACUGCAAACCCUGGCCAAGACUUCGACGACCUCGAAGCUUCUGCAUACAACCCAGAAGAGGACCUGACCCGCCCUGUCGUCAGUCCAACCGCCGUCAUCCCCGACCGUGCUCUGUCUCGCACGUCGAGAACUUCCAAAGAAAGAACUUCCAAGGACGAGAGGUCAGGUUCCCUCCAGGCAACCCGGAUAGGCUCUGGAACCACCAACACGACUCUAAGUAACAACAACACAAAUGGCAAUGCAACAUUUCAUGACAGGACCACUAUCCCGAGUCAAUCUGCUACUUGA